ACUACUCAACGACGCAUAAAACUAAUUUUUAUAAAAACUUGACUAUUUCAAUAUCUCAUAAAAGUUAUAAUCUAUUUUAAUAUUUUUUUUUUUUUUCAAAUUUAAACAGUCGUUAGUCUACCAUCACCAAGUAAACAUCCUCUAUUUUUAAAUGAUCAUUAAAAGACUACAGAAUAAUUAAAUAUUUAAAUGACAUUAUAAUAAAAUAUAUAUUUUUCAUUCAACUAUUUAUUAUUAAAUUACAAUAAAAUAUUUUUAUUGAAAAAAACCUUGAAAAAACAUUGUGUAGUGAAAGUGGAACAGGAAAAUCAAGGAAAAAUUAUCAUUGAAAUUAAUAAAAUUAAAUUAAAAAUAAAUUUAAUGAAACAAAAUAAAUCACGGUCAUCAAAAAGUACAUUGUGAUCAUAUUUUUAUCAUAUUGAUAAAAAAAAAAAAAUAUAAAAAAUAAAAAAAUAAAGCCAACAACGUGUGUUAAAUCUAAUCGAUCAAUCAAUAUAUUAACAUUGAGUCUGUUGGAUCAGUCUGAUUACUGCUGUCGUUCUUCACACUGGUGUUUCCUUUUAUUUUUUUUUUUCAUUUAUCAAAAUCAAAGUGUCUCAAUCUUUGAAUUUUCAAGUGCCAUUGAAUUAAAUAAAUUAUUAAAAUAUAUAUAUUUAAAUAAAUUAUUCAUUACAAGGUUUAAUAAUGUCGGAGAAUAAUUUAGGAUUCGUGUCGAGUAGAGAAUCAUUUGAACCAAAAAGUCUACAAACAACAAAUGGCACUGGAAAAUCAAAUGGAAAUUCAACGACGAAAAAUGAUGAAAUGCAUUCAAUUGAAUUUAAAGAUCGUCAAAAACAAAAUCCAGUCACUGAAAAUACUUAUGAGCCUUAUGAUAAUAGAAUGGUUCAACAUCCGACAUCAACAUUGGAUACAUUAUUUCAUUUGUUGAAAGGUAGUUUAGGAACUGGAAUUUUAGCAAUGCCUCAGGCAUUUUCACAUUCUGGAUAUGCAGUUGGUGUUAUUGCAACAAUUUUAAUUGGAUUAUUUUGUACAUAUUCAAUUCAUAUAUUAAUUAAAUCAUCUUAUGAAUUAUGUAGAAGACGAAAAGUACCAGCAUUAUCAUAUCCAGCAACAGCUAAAUCAGCUGUACAAGAAGGACCAUCAUUUUUACAUCCAUAUGCAUCAUUAUCUGCUCAUAUUGUUAAUGUUUUUUUACUUGCUUAUCAACUUGGUACUUGUAUUGUUUACACAGUUUUUAUCUCACAAAAUCUUAAAGCUGUCAUUGAUGCUAUUUUGGGAUUUUCGAAAGAUGAAACUCGAGAAAUUUAUUAUACACUGUUAAUAUUGGUGCCACUUAUAUUCAUAAAUUGGAUAAGAAAUUUAAAAUUACUAGCACCAGUAUCAACUGGUGCAAAUGUAAUAACAUUAAUAAGUUUUAUAUUAAUAAUAUAUCUCAUGUGCCUAAAUGAAUUUACAUUAAAUCAACGUAAAAUUGUUGGUAGUUUUACUGAUUUUCCAUUAUUUUUUGGUACUGUAUUAUUUGCACUUGAAGCUAUUGGUGUUAUACUUCCAUUAGAAAAUGAAAUGAAAAAACCAAAAUCAUUUAAAUCAAAAUUUGGUGUACUUAAUGUUGGAAUGUUUAUCAUAACAUUGAUGUAUGUUUGUAUGGGAUUUUUUGGAUAUAUUUUUUAUGGUGAAAAAGUUGAUGAUAGUAUUACAUUAAAUUUACCAAGUAACGGUGAUGAUGGAAGUGUACUUGCAAAAGUUGUACAAUCAUUAUUGGCAGUAUCAAUUUUUAUGACACAUUCAUUACAAUGUUAUGUUGCAAUUGAUAUUAUUUGGAAUCUUUAUAUUAGUAAAAGAGUUGUAGAAUCAAAACAAAUAUUGGGUGAAUAUAUUGUAAGAACAGCUGUUGUUAUUGGAACAGUAUCAUUGGCAAUGAUGGUACCAAAUAUUGGUUUUUUUAUAUCAUUAGUUGGUUCAUUUUGUUUAUCAGCAUUGGCACUUGCAUUUCCAGCGAUUAUUGAAUCAUGUACAUUUUGGAGUGUACAAAAUAAAACACAAAAUAAACUUAUGCUUAUUAAAAAUACUGUUAUUGUUAUAAUAGCAUUUAUUGGAUUAGUUUCUGGUACAUAUGCAAGUUUUACACUUUUAAACAAAGAAAAAAAAACAAAAUAAGUAAUUAAGUAAUUAUAUUAAUUUUUUAGUUUUUUUUUUUUUUAAAUAAUGUACAAAGUUUUAUGAAAGUAAUAACUUUUCUUUUUUUUUUUUCAAGUAUGUUUAAUGGAUCAAUUUAGUUAUACUGGUAUAUAUAUUGUUUCUAUAUAUUACCUAUAUAUUGAUAAUAAAUAAAAAAAUUUCAAGUGUAUUUAUUAAGUUUACGAGACCGAUGUGUGUGCUCUCUUUUUAUACAAUAAACAUGUUUACUUUUGAAAAGUACACUUGUCUAAAUUUCAUUUAUAAUAUCAUUGAAAAUUAAUUAAUUUAUUAAUUUUAAAAAUUUGAGCAUGCUGGGUAUAGUAAAUUUUUUUGAAAAAAUAAUAUAAAACUUGAAAAAUAUUAAUUUAAAAAGAAAUCUAAGUCUGUUAAAAAAAAACAAUAUGAAAAAUUACAAUUAAAAAUGAACAAAAAAAACACUUUGAAAAUUAAAUAGAAAUACAAUUAAUGUGUCUUAAUUAAUACAAAAAAAAUUGUCAACAUUUAUACACAAAAAAUUAGCGAAAAAUAUAUUUUUCUUUUGUUAAAAAAAUAAUAAAUUAUGACAUAAAAAUAAAUUCAUAAACUGUAGUUCGAAUAUUUGAAUAUCUUUGAAUUUACUUUCAACAGAUAAAGUAGUAAAUGACAGUAACAAUUAUUUUUACAAUUAUGAAAUUAAUAAUUACAUAAACGUAAAUCUAAAAUCAAUUAAAUUUUUAUAGAAUAGUUGUUUGAAUGAUUUAUCUUAAAUUAUUUAUUUAUACAAAUUGAAUAAGCCUAUAAUAAAUUAUUAAUUUUUCUAUCUAUAAAUAUUUAUAUUUCGUAUUAAUUAAUUAUCUUAAAUUACUCAUUAUAAUUAAAAACAUACGUAAACCAUUCAUGUAUCUACAAUUUUUUUAUAUUGAUAAAUUUAAAAUUGAUCUUUUAAAAUUAUUUUAAUAAAAGCUAUUAAAAAAUUAAAAACAUUAUC